UUCCUCUGCUUCAGAUUUUCUCGAUUGAUUUUUCCGGGAAAAUCUGGAAUUUUCGUAAUCAUGAACUGUGUUUCUACAUUUGAAUUGAUUCCUUCAAGAGCUCUAUUUCCAUGUGCACAAUCAUCAAUCCCUGCGAAAUUUCUUCACAUUUCGAGCUCAAAAGCCUCAAUUUCUCCCAGAUGUCGUAGUUUCGCUUCUUCUUCUUCUUCUUCCUCAAUUCGGAGGAAACCUCUGACCCUAGUUCAUUCGAAAGCGUCCGACGCGGAGGAGGUGUCGGAUACAGAGGACGAAUGGCUAAAGAAGCUACCGGAGAAGAACAAGCCACUGUAUUCGCAUAGCUUACCUUGUAUCGAGGCAUGGUUGAGGAAAUUAGGGUUUUACCAAAGCAAAGACGAUAGAGCUGUUUGGUUGAUUCAGAAACCUGACUGGCAUGCCCAAUUAUCUCUUGACGUUACAGAUCUCUGCAUUAGGUACUUGAAAAGCGGGCCGGGGAAUCUAGAGAGAGACAUGGAAAGAAGGUUUAGCUAUGCGUUGAGUAGAGAAGAUACUGAGAAUGCCAUACUCGGAGGACCUUAAAGAAUAAAGAGUUUGUUGAACA